AUGAAGAUAGCCAUCAUCGGCGGAGGUAUCUCCGGAUGCGCCAUUUACUUACUGCUCAAAAAGCAUCUGCAGCCAUUACCAGCUGGUAAACAGUAUUCCAUCACGAUCUACGAAGCCCAUGACAUGAACAAGGAAACCAAGUCCUCCGAGCGUGCGAAAGGUCUCCCGCAUUCCGCGACGCUCACUGUUGGCGGUGGCCUAGGUGUGGGACCAAACGGUCUCGGCGUCUUGAGGCGGUUGGAUGAGGAGGUCUUGCGAGAUGUCGUCCGCGGGGGUUAUGUCACACCGAUAAUGAUCAUGAAGAGCAAAGGUGGCCAAGUUUUAGUACGCGCGAAUCAGGGCGACGCUCUCCCUCCCAAUGCAGCCAGCGAGCAUGCCAUGUCCACCGUUUCCAGCAGCCGGCACUCAAUCUGGCGAGCUCUCCGUACGCGAGUUUCUAACAACGACAUCGUCAUCAAGCGGGUUUCUCAGGUUGUCGCCAAUCCGGAUGGUCCCAAUACUAUCGAAUUUGUGGAUGGAAGUCCGCCAAUCGAGGCGGAUUUGAUCAUCGGAGCCGAUGGCUUGAAAAGCCGCGUCAAACUAGCCUUGUUUCCAGAGGCAGAGAAAGACCCGUAUCCGCCACGUUACGAGGGCCUCGUUGGAGUCGGUGGCUUCAUCAGCGCUAGUGGGGUCCGAGACCACGUCGAGAAAGGAGCUAUGAACUUUGUGUUUGGAGGAAAUGGCUUCUUUGGCUAUUUUUUCUCCGAGAGUGCUGAAUCGUCACCUUAUCGCGAUUCACCCCACCACAUUGCCGACCCAGGCGAACGGCUUGCGUGGUGGUCUACCUACGAGGUGUCAGAGUGCCCCACGACGGCCACCAUAGACAAAGGCGCGAUCACCCGUCAAUUACAAGAACGUCACAGGGGCUGGGGAGACCCCGUCAUUCAAGAAAUUCUACAAUCUCUUGAGGUGGAUACCAUGUGGCCUACUUGGACUGUUCCGCCGCUCCCCACAUGGGAGCGGGACGGCGUCGUGCUUGUCGGUGAUGCGGCCCACGCAUUACCGCCGACGUCCGGUCAGGGAUGUGCGCAGGCUCUGGAGGACGUGGAGGCUUUCGUGCUGCUCCUCAGUCACUCACUUCAAAACGCAGAUCAAGAACAGAUUGAGGCGAAUCCAAAGAGCCUGGUCAAGACGGCUGCACGUCAGUAUAUGGCAUUGCGUGUUCCACACGUUGCCCAAAUACUACGUGAGGCGCAGACGAUCCAAAACUCAAAACGAGAUAAGGGGACUAUCUCGGAAUAUUUAAUGUAUGGGGUUUUAUGGAUUAUGAGUUUCUUCCCUAACGUGAUUUUCAAGAAGCAAUACUCCGUCUUUACGUAUAACGUGGCGGAUGAGGUUAAGAAAAUGACGGAUAUCUGCUACCUAUGUCGAUUGUGGCUAUAA